GCUCCCGCGGGCGGCGGAGCCCGGCGGCUGCGGGCGCGGCGCUCGGGGUCCCUGCCCGUCGGGGUCCCUGCCCGCAGCAGGGUCGCUGGCACUGAGGGUCCCUGCCCGCAGCAGGGUCUGUGCCGUCCCCGCCGCAGGAAAGCCGCCGCGAACAAGCCAGUCACAAUGUCAGCCAAAAAGGAAGGUGCCCACAAGAAGUGGGCUGCCCUGAAGGAGAAACUCGGACCCCAGGAGACCGACCAGUCAGAGGCCAACCUGGAAAAUGCAGAGCCAGAGCUGUGCAUCCGCCUCCUGCAAAUGCCCUCAGUGGUGAACUACUCUGGGCUGAGGAAGAGGCUGGAGAACAGCGACGAUGCCUGGAUGGUUCAGUUCCUGGAGCUGUCCGGGCUGGAUCUCCUCCUGGAGGCCCUGGACAGGCUGUCAGGGCGAGGAGUGGCCAGGAUAUCCGAUGCCUUGCUUCAGCUCACCUGCAUUAGCUGUGUGCGAGCGGUCAUGAACUCCCACAAAGGCAUAGAAUACAUUGUGAGCAACGAGGGCUACGUCAGAAAACUCUUCCAAGCACUUGACACAACUAAUGUCAUGGUCAAAAAGCAAAUAUUUGAGCUCCUGGCUGCACUGUGCAUUUACUCAUCAGAUGGCCACUCUUUGGCUCUGGAUGCUUUGGACCAUUACAAGAGUGUGAAGAACCAGCAGUAUCGAUUCAGCAUCAUAAUGAACGAGCUGUCCAACACAGACAACGUGCCAUACAUGGUGACACUGCUGAGUGCUAUCAAUGCCAUCAUCCUGGGGAAAGAAGAGCUGAGAACGAGGACACAAAUCAGGAAUGAGUUCAUAGGGCUUCAGCUGUUGGAUGUUUUAGACAAGCUAAGGUAA